CAAUGUAUUUAUUUUUUCAAUGGCUAGGUGUUAAUAUGUCAACGUUGUGCAAUGUUGCGACUUGAUAAAUGACUAGUAUGGUAUAGGUUUUAUAAUAAUCAGUGUUAAAUUCCGCAUUCACACGCUGCAUGCUGGAAACAAAGCCGGAAACCGGAUUUGACAAAGUAAGUUGUUAACUGCCGUCAAAGUCCAGUUUGUUGUGUUGCAUCUUGAGCACAAAACCUGGCUUACUUAAGCCACCUUUGGCGUAUACCCCCUAUUAAAGUAUGCACAAAUGUACUUUAUAUCGAUUAGUCUUGUUUUUCCAAGUGAAGUCAACUUCCCGGUCAGUUUUACUUUGAAGAGCACACACUAAAACGACAUCCUGUUUACAUACGCGGAAGUAAUGAUGAGUAGCAAGAUCUGUUGCGAACAUGAAGUUUAGUGUUCGUGCUGCUACUAAAGCAGACUGCAAAGAAAUAUCGAGAUUAGUAAUGGAGUUGGCAGUUCAUGACAAGAUGUCUGAUCAGGUUAAGAUAACAUGUGAUGAAUUAGAGCGUGAUGGUUUCUGUCAGAGUCCCUUGUUUGAAUGUAUUGUUGCAGAGGUGCCUGAAGAGAAUAAAUCUAAAGAAGGGUUCACAACUGUGGGGUAUGCCCUUUAUUUUUACAUCUACAGUACAUGGAAGGGACGGUCAAUGUAUUUAGAGGACUUGUAUGUGAUGCCAGAAUUCAGAGGAUUUGGCAUUGGAAAGGGUUUACUCAGCACAGUUGCAAAAGUGGCCAAAGAGAAGCAGUGUGUGCGUUUGCAGUUGAGCGUGUUGGACUGGAACACUCCAUCACGAGAUUUCUAUGCUGCAAAAGGAGCUCAGGAUCUCACUGUUAAGGAAGGAUGGCACUUGAUCCGUUUUGAUGGAGCAAGCUUGGACGAUUUGGCAAAUGAAACUCAGAAGAGUUAAAAGGGA